AUGAGUAUGCGCGUCUCUUGGGCCAGGUGGUAUUGGAUAGUUAUCUUCACAACGUGCACCGCAAGGACAGCCAGUGAUUGGCUUGAUUGCGCCCACAUUGUGACCUGUCGUUGCAAGUGGUCAUCAGGAAAAAAGACGGCAACGUGUGCAUCUAGUGACUUACGACGCCCACCAUCUCUUUCUUCGGAUAUCCAAGUGCUGGAUUUACACGAUAACCCAUUAAGAAAUCUACCACAAGAAGUUUUUUCGAAUAUUGGGCUCCUUAAUUUACAAAGGAUAAAUUUACGAGCAACUAAACUUAGAUCUAUACAUGCAGAUGCUUUUUUAGAAUUAAGGAUAUUAAUAGAAGUUGAUUUAGCUGAUAACGACUUGGCGAUAUUGCCACGGAACAUAUUCAGAGGUAACGAGAGAUUACGUCAAGUGAUAUUAAGUAACAAUCCGCUAACAGUUUUAUUCACGGACCAGUUUCCACCUCUUCCCCAUUUGCGGAUGCUAAUGUUAGAUGGGUGCAGAAUAAGACAAAUUCAAAUCAACGCAUUGCGCAAUUUAAAAUCUUUAGAGACGAUAGACUUACGAAGAAACCAAUUAACAUUCCUACAACUGGCUACUUUCCAGCCUGUAUCUUUGCCAGCUUUAAAGACUAUGUUCUUAUCUGGCAACCCAUGGCGUUGUGAUUGCCGAUUGCGCGAAUUUAAGGAUUGGUUUUUGGACAGUACUUUAGGUACAGAAGAAUUAGUAUGUGUGGAACCUUCAUCUCAAUCUGGAAACAAAUGGAGAAACGUGCCUAGUGAUAUAAUGGCUUGCCCUCCUGAAAUCAAAUCAAGCACAUUGGUUGUUAGAGCAGAGGUAGGUCUAGCUGCUUCUUUUGGUUGUUGGGUCCAUGGAAUUCCAAAGCCUUCAGUGACUUGGCUUUUAGAUGGUGUGGAAAUUCAUAACAGUACUAUCGAUUGCGAUAUCGAAGAAACCGAUACCAUUAUCGAAAAUGAUGAGACCCAUGAUCGAGUUGCGGGUAGCGCUAGAUGGGUGAAUAUUACUUUAUUAAAUGUUACUUCAAAUGCAGCUGGAGAAUGGACGUGUAUUGCUAAUAGUGUAGCGGGAGAAGCCAGAGCAGUAAUUAGCCUUGUUUUGCCUCGAUCACAAACAGCUACAGCUCGAACUGCUCCAGGUAUACCGCAGUUGUUAGGAGUGGUUUUUGGAGCUUUAGGAGCUUUAGCUACAUUAGGAUUUAUAGCAGCUGUUGCCUGCUGGCACUUGAGAAAAAGAACAGUCCCGUCUAGUCGAAGUUUUAUGGAUCAAGAAAAGCGGUUAAUAGAUGCAUCUGUUGUAAUAAGUUGCGAUCGUUCCAUUGCUGAUAUGGCUUCACCGUGUGAUUUUGAACUUACUGAAAGAUCAUUGUCUGUUGAUGACCAUCCGAGAGGGUGUAGUUUUGAUCCUGUUCAUAUAACUAUUGAAGGCACACCAGGUGCAUUCCCACCUCCACCAGCUGAAUUUGCAGUUCCAGUUCCUUAUGGAAAUAUCUUUAUUUCUGUUCAAGUAUCCGGAAGGAGUGAACCAGCAAAAUAUCCCGAUUUACUAAGCGGUGGUACUACGCUACCUCGAAGAAGUAGAACAUGCUGUACGGCACCUGCAUACGACAACAUGGGUCCGAGAGUUACAGCAACAGGAAGUUCGACUUGGUCUUUACCUGGAGCUUCAACAGAAACAGCUGAACAAUCAGAAACCCCAGUCCUGACGCUACCUCCACCACCACCAGAAUUUGUUUCGCUUUAG